CAUAAUAGAUGAUGUACGAUAUUUUACCUACAAAAUAAUAUAUUGAUUAAUAUACCGUUUUGAUAUGUAUUGUUUCUCGUAUUUACUACGUUGAACUAUCGAAUGAACUGCUAAACGUUUUAUUGAACCGAUACAUCUACUAAUAAGUUUGGAGAAUCUGAACAAGAGAGCAGUUAUUACUUAAUAUUAUCAAAUACAGAGCCGCUUUCUGCAGUUUAAAAUUGUUAUUUCACAUUCAAGAUAGAAAUUGAUAGAAAUUAAGAUAAACCAGUCAUAAUGGAUAAACAUAUGGAGCCUCUUUCCACUGGAAUUACUGAAUCAAACUAUGAUGCGACAAGUAUUAAAGUUGAAAAAACCAUCGAAGUCGACAACAUUUUAAAUUCCACAAAUUCAAUUCCAGUGCUCCUAUCUAAUGACAAACCAAACACCUUGUCUGUAAACAAAUGGGAGGUCGACGAAAUUGAUAACGAUUGUUAUUUCAAAUCUACGAUACAAAUUGAAGAAAAUCAAGAUUUGGCAGUUCUAAAAGACGAAUAUGCGGACUCUGUUUCUACUAGUAAACCAAUCACUGUGGCUGUAAAUAAAUGGGAGAUCGACGAAAUAGACAACGAUUGUUCUUUCAAAACUACGAUACAAAGUGAAGAAAAUCAAGAUAUAGCAAUUGUCAAGGACGAAUAUGUGAAUACUCUUUCUACUGCUUUUGUUGGAUCAGACAUCGACACAACAAGUAUUAAAAAUAAAGAAAAAAAAAUUAGAAAACCAAACACCGUGGCUGUAAUUAAACAGGAGGUUGAUGAAAUCGGAAAUGAUUAUUUUUUUGUAUCUGAGAUAGAAAUUGAAGAAAACCAAGAUUUAACAGUUUUCAAGGACGAUGAUGUGCAUCCUCACUUCAUUGAAAAUACACUCAACAGUACUAUGAAAUGCAAUCAAAUUCAAACUGAAGUAAAUCCAUCCAUAUCAAUUAAAAAAUAUAUUAAGACACACACAGCCGAGAUACCAAUUCAGUAUGAUUUAGACUUGAAGACAUUUUUACCUGGGGAUCUAAAUAAGCUCAAAAGAACACACAAAAGCGACAGAACUUAUCAAUGUGAGAUAUGUAAGAAGACAUUUUCACAUCCUGGAACUCUUAAAAACCACAAAAGGACAUACUGUUGAGAACCUUUCAAUGUGAAACCUGCUCAUCAUAAAAAUCAUCGGGUGUAAGAUCUUCAGUACCUGUCAUGCCUAAAUAUGUUAGAAAAUUUUACCCCUUGCAAUAACUAUAACUGUCUGGAGUGACCCAUUAUAUUUUGUAGUAAAGAUGUGUUUUUUUGUCAUUUUAGGAUAUGUAAGUAUACUCUAUGUUAUGCAGUUGACUAUAAAAAUGUUUAGUUAUAUUUUUUAACUUUAUUUACAAUUUUGUAGUUUAUUGGCAUCAAAUUUUCUGAAUUAAUCU